AUGGGGAUAUUCUUCAGCAAGGCGGAGCCGCCGCCGCCGAUGGUGUUGGUGCCGCCGCUCUUCGAUUACCCUCCCAUCGCCGCCCGCACCAGGAUGGCGGUGCCAGCAUAUGAACUAAUGUUUGGGAAGCUCUCGCUGCACAAUCUGUUUGAGGACUAUUUCGAUCAAGCUGGGAAUAUGACCUCAAGGAUCAUGUUGAAGCCGCUGGAAGAUCCUCACGUUGAUUUGAUUGCUACUGUGUCUGCUGCUGCUGAUAAAAAUAGUGGAACAGAAGUAAAAGGGGAUGCUCUAUUUCGCUGGCAGAGAGAACUGGAUGACCCCCAUACCUUUGUGGACCUUCUUGUGUCAACUUCAAAUCCCUUGUUGCAGCUUAGGUCAUGUGCCUAUGAUCCUAAGUAUCGUUUUGGUGCCUUCGGAACACUACCUUUGCUAAUGGGGAACAGGUUGCAUUCAGAAGAUUAUGGGGUCGUGGGUGUAAGAUAUGGUUCAGAGAAUUUAUCUGUUGGGGCAUCAUUUGUGCCAAUUCCUUUAUCUGGUGAGGUACCCUUGGGUGCAUGGUUGGUUGGGAGAAAAGGGAGCUUAACUGCAGGAGUACAAUACAAGCCACUUAGUGGCAGCAAACAUCCUAUGCCAUUUACAGAACUGGAGAACUGGAAUUGUGCAAUCAGUUAUGGUGUUGGCUCAACUAGCCCGCUCAGCCCUUCAUUCAUUUUCUCCCUGGAACUUGCCAGAAGUACACAGGUGUCAAAGAACUCAAUUAUAAUCACAUCGAAACAUGCAAUGAACAAUGAGGUGGAUGGAUAUGCUUUCUUUUAUUCUUUUGUGUGGGGUUCAAAUGCUAACCACAUCAUUCUAUCAGCACCUGGUUGUUCAAAGAAGGGUAAAAAUCCUUUUGAAGAUGAUCAAGUUGUUGGCAUUACAAACUACAUUGACUUUGGACUUGAGUUGGCUGCCAGAGUUGAUAAAGAUAAAGUGAGUGGGGAUGGCAACUCCUUGUUUCAGUUGGCUGCAAGUUGGCAAGCUAACAAAAACUUUCUACUGAAGGGAAAGCUUGGUCCUUCCAAGUCUUCUGUAGCUCUGGCAUUCAAAUCAUGGUGGAGACCAUCCUUUACUUUUAGUGUAACAGCUGUGAAUGAUCAUUCAAAGGGCACAACAUCAUAUGGAUUUGGCCUUCGUGUCGAGGAUCUUAGACGAGCCAGUUACCAACGAGCUGAUCCAAACUAUGUCAUGCUGACACCAAGCAAGGAGCACUUGGCACCAGGUGUAUUGCGCGAGUACGGGAAGCGGCCCAUGUUCCAGACGCAGAUUGAUUCGGGCAACUACGAUCGUUUGCCAACAGAGUUGAAGCCUCUUGGCAGGAUAUUCUAA